AUGGGAAAUUGCUUGGAAUCGUGCUCAAAGAGGAACGAUAAUGAAGACGAAAACGUCGAGUCUUCAGUGAACUCGAAACCCUUUUCACGGGAUGGUAGUGAUACUGAAAAAUACUCGAAUAUUUCGUAUCCAUGGAGUUUAAAACCUCUGAUUACAAGAAAAUCUGAAGCUGCUAGCAUUACUCUACCUGGACCGAACAAAGAAGGAGAAAUAAUGCAUUCUCAAUAUUUGAAGUCUUUUAUGUUGGAGGAGCUAAAGAUUGCUACUGGAAAUUUCUGUGAAGAGAGUCUAAUCGGAGAAGGAGGGUUCGGGUUUGUUUAUAAAGGUUGUGUUAAUGGUGGACCUGGAAUCGAACUCGCGGUUGCUGUAAAGAAGCUUAAAAUUGAAGGGGUUCAAGGACACAAGGAGUGGUUGAGGGAAGUGAAUUAUCUCGGGAGAUUGCGUCAUCCGAAUCUAGUGAAAUUGAUUGGAUACUCGUUGGAAGACGAACAACGUCUUUUGGUUUACGAGUAUAUGCCUAAUGGAAGCUUGGAGAAUCAUUUGUUUGAAAGGGGUUCCAAUGUGCUCUCUUGGUCACUGCGUAUGAAAGUUGCGAUUGGUGCUGCUCGAGGGCUAUGCUUUUUGCACGAAGCUAAAGACCAAAUCAUUUACAGAGACUUCAAACCAGCAAAUAUACUUCUCGAUUCAGGGUUCAAUGCUAAACUCUCAGACUUUGGAUUAGCCAAAGAAGGUCCAACAGAUGACCGUUCGCACGUUACAACCGAAGUCAUUGGUACACAAGGCUACGCAGCUCCAGAAUAUCUAGCAACAGGCCAUCUAACAACGAAAUGCGACGUAUACAGCUUCGGUGUAGUCUUGCUAGAGAUUCUCUGUGGACGUAGAGCCAUAGACAAAACCAAAGCUAGAGAAGAAGAAAACUUAGUGGAAUGGGCAACACCUUACUUGCGAGACAAGCGAAAAGUGUUUCGGAUAAUGGACACAAGACUUGUGGGUCAAUACCCUCAGAAAGCUGCGUUUAUGAUGUCUUUCUUGGCUUUACAAUGCAUCGGAGAGGUUAAGGUUAGACCAACGAUGCUUGAGGUCUUGUCUCUUCUUGAGAAAGUUCCAUUUCCAAGACAUAGAAAGACUAGAAGCAAAGGUUUUGCCACUACUACUAACUCUUCUUCUUUGUCUUCAAAACGGUUUCUCAGAAUCACUAAUUAA